AUGCCAAGAAACCAGGAAGUUAUGUGGCCCAGAUUAGUAGCUAACAAGAUCCUUAGAAAGAGAUUAGGGAGCAGCAACUUUGUCGCAGAUUUUCCAAGCCACAAAGAAACCUUGUUGGAAAUUCCAAGCUUAGAUCAGCCAUCCUUGAGUCCCAAGACCAUAUUCAGUCAUCAUAAAGAUACACACAACUACAGGAUUUUCGUUACGACUUGGAAUGUUGGCGGGGUUGCACCACAUGAAGGUUUGGAUAUGGAGGAUUUGCUGGAUACAGGCAGUACCGCCUGUGACAUCUAUGUUCUCGGGUUUCAAGAAAUUGUACCCCUUAGCGCGUCGAACGUGUUAGGAUCAGAAAAUAGCAAAAUUUUCACAAAAUGGAAUUCCCUGAUUAGAGAAGCUCUGAACAAGAAAAUUCGCUGCCGAGACAAAGUCCAGCUUUCCAAUGAAGAUGGAAAGUCAUCAAUUGAAAACAGCAUCCCAGGUCAAGACUUCCGGUGUAUUAUAAGCAAGCAAAUGGUUGGGAUACUAAUCUCAGUUUGGGUUCGAAGCUACCUUCGUCCUUAUAUCCGGCAUCCCAGUGUCUCCUGUAUAGGCUGUGGCAUCAUGGGCUGCCUAGGAAAUAAGGGUUCAGUAUCAGUUAGAUUUCGGUUACAUGAAACAAGCUUCUGCUUUGUAUGCAGUCAUCUAUCUUCUGGGGGUAGAGAAGGGGAUGAAAAGCUUAGAAACUCCAAUGUAUCCGAAAUAUUCUCCCGAACAAGUUUUCCUAGAGGCCCUUCACAUGAUUUGCCAAGGAAAAUCCUAGACCAUGAUCGGGUAAUUUUGCUUGGAGAUCUGAAUUAUAGAAUUUCCUUACCAGAAUCAACUGUUCGACUCUUAGUGGAUACAAGAGAAUGGAACGGCCUCCUGGAACAUGAUCAGCUAAGAAUGGAGCUGAUGAAUGGCGAAUUUGAAGGUUGGCAUGAAGGGUCUAUCACAUUCCCUCCUACUUAUAAAUACCGUCCGAAUUCUGAUGUAUACUACGGAUGUUUUCAUCAAAGCAAAAAAGGGGAAAAGAAGCGUGCCCCUGCAUGGUGCGAUCGAAUAAUCUGGUAUGGGAAGGGGUUAAAGCAACAUGUAUAUAACAGAGGUGAAGAGAAAUUCUCCGAUCAUAGACCUGUCAAAGCAUUAUUUACUGCAGAAGUUGCGGUUUUGCAUUCAAUGAAACAAUUUCAAAGCUUUUUUUUAUCAGACAGGUUUGACAGAAUUACAAGCCAGUUAGAGAUACCCUCCUCAGCUGAUGAUUUUCUAUGUAAAGGAAGAUCAAGCUUCCAAAUUUGA